CCUAGGACCCGGAUUGAGGCAAGGUGGCAGGCUCGUCGUGAGCAGCGGUCAAGGGAUGAAAAUGGGUAUGCCUACAAGCAGAUUUUAAAAGCAGUUUCUCUUCAAAUGAUCUUUCCUAUCACCUGAUAAACAUCUUGAUUCACUAUGGCAUUAGCUGCAGUAAAAUGGGCGGUAUCAAACAGGACUGUCUUGAAACAUUUAAUUUCAAUUCAAAAUGGAGCUUUAUGUUGUGUUAGUCAUAAAUCUACAUAUUCUUCUCUUCCAGAUGACUAUAAUUGCAAGGUAGAGCUGGCUUUGACAACUGAUGGCAGAACGAUAGUGUGCUACCACCCUUCUGUGGACAGCACGAAACCUAUCCCUCAGCCAGAUCCUGUGCAUAAUGAUGAAGAAACACAUGAUCAAGUGCUGAAAACCAGAUUAGAAGAAAAAGAUGAAUACAUUGAGCAAGGACCCAUGAUAGAACAACUUAGCAAAAUGUUCUUUACUACUAAGCACCGUUGGUAUCCUCGUGGACAGGAUCACAGACAUCAUAUGAAACUUAGUCCACCAAAAGACAGAUGAUAUUGAGGUUUUCAGAAGUCAAAGAGAAAUGUUACCCUGUGUCUCAUUUGCCAUGAGAAAAUGUAAUUGGGUAUAUUCAUUAAUAUGUUAUAUAGUACAAUUUCCUAAUUAGAAUGUAUAUUAAGUAAUUCUGGAUUUGACAUUCAUAUUUACAGAAACCUAUUUCAUCUUGUUUUUCUUUUGAGAUAUUAAAGUCUAUCAUUUGUUUUUCUAUGUCUAAUAUGAUAAAGUAUUUUUACAUUAUGAGCCAAAUAUUGUUAGUACUAUAAAUAUGAUUAUUAAAAAUGUGCAUGGUUCUUCUACUGGAGAGUUUUAAUUGCCUUUGAAAGAAACUCAUGGAGUCCAUGAGUUUUUUGUUUUCUGACUGUCUUAAAAAUUAUGCAAGCUUCAGAACACUGACAACUCUGUGAUUAAAACAUUAAUGUUCUAAACCGUUACAAGAAUGUUAAUAGAUUAUUCUGCUGUUGAUUGUCACUACCAGCUUAUAUAUAAUGCUUAAUAGCAUUGCUGCCCCUUUAAUUUCUGUUUAGGAGGUGAGGAAUCUUUUAAGAAGGUAGAAAGGUUUAACUUUGUAAAAUAUUUGUGAUAUUUGAAAAUUUAAUGUAAAAAAUGAUUUCACAUUGAGUCUGUUUAGUUCUUUUAAUAAAGGAGUUCUAGGUGAUCAUGGUUCCAGUGUUCAGUAAAAUGUAAGGAAUACUGAAUAAAAAGAGUAAAGGAAAUAACUAAUAAUGGCCACCCUCUGUUACUGAAAGAAAAUAUUUGUAAGUAGUUUACUCAUACCAGCCAUGUUUGAUGACAUAUUUUUGAAAAAUGGUUGUUGUUUUUUUUU